ACAAGCGACUACCAACGUUUAAAGACCAAGACGCUGAGUAUAGCAACACCAAGUGACCAAUAUUAAGAGAACCAAUCAAUAUAGACUGUCGCUUACUCAGACGGAGUAGUCAUGGCUCGGUCUCAUGCCCAGGACAUCAUCCGAUGUCAGUACUGUGAGGAGGAACCUGCUCUGUUUCAAUGUGUUCCCUGUGGAGAUGAACUCUGUCCUCGCUGUAAAACAUUUCAUCUAAAAAGCAAGGUUCCCUCUGGACACAACGUCAUCCCUAUAUCCGAGAGACUCCACCCCACCAACAAGGUCAAAAUGUGUGAAAGUCACCCGACCAAACCAUACGAUGCUUGUUGUGAAGAUUGUCAAGUUCCGGUCUGCAUUUUAUGCAUUCAAGAAAUUCACAAUACACACAGAAUUGGGAAAAUGCAGGAUAUGUACGAGAAACAAAAGGCUGCAGCCAUAAAAGAACUGUCUGAAAUGAAAAUACAAAGGAGAGCGGAUAUCAUACAAAGGAUUAAAGAUGUCGAAAAUGGAUUAUCACGGAUAACGACCAGCCACGAAAAUCUGAGGAGGGAAAUGAAGAGACAAGCCAAAGAUUUUAUGGAUCAUAUCAACGCCAUUUUAAAUGAAGGUCUAAGCGAGUCUGAGUCAGACGAGAAAAAGAAGCUAGAAGAAUUAUCACAACAUAAAGCCGAGUUAGAAGAAUAUCAACAGAACCUGGAACAUGUCAUUGAGAAACUAGAAAACCUCACAGAAUCAAGUUCUCCUGCUGAUCUCAUCUUGUACCGGAAACAAAAUCCUGACGUGAUCAAACACUUAAAAUUUCCAGAUACCGUGGUAACUACUGAUCCCACGUUCACGACCGGACAGUUCAACAAAACUUUGAACGAGAAACAGUUUGGACAAAUGACCAAAAGUCAACUUACUCGAGUGAAGACAGAUGAUACGACCCAAUACACACAAACAAAAACGACAGAAACCCAACCCACCCAAUGGUUUCCAUUGAAAUCGGAUGAAGAAAAAGCGGAAGAAGAGUUACAGAAAAGAAGGAAAGGGAAAUUGGUGAAGACGUCCUUAAAAUGUACAUUAUUGCUGAAAACGGUAUUACAACACCCAGGCACGCUAAGUGAUAUAAAACCUGACAAGAAAGUGUUAAGUCACGUGGCGUGCGUUGGUGAUAAAAGAGCAUACAUCAGUGGGAGUGGUUCUGGGAUACUUUUGAUUGACAGGUCAAGUACACACCUGGACACGAUCGGUACAUCUGGUGAACCGUCUGGCCUGGCUGUGAUGAAGGACGGGAGUCUGAUUUAUUCUGUCCGAGAAGAUUGUGCCAUCUACCGAGUGUCUCCCAAUAAACAGAUCACAAAACUUGUAAACACACCGGACAAACCUGUAGGUCUGUGUCUUACCGGUUCAGGAGAAAUCCUGGUCUGUCUGGAUAGUCGUGCUUAUUUGAUGCUAACAAGUACAGUUAGAGUUAGAGUGGUCCGGUACAACUGCAGCGGUACAAAAAUCCAGGAGUUUCAAAUAUCCCAAAAUAUGACUGGUGUAGUACCAAGAGAAUGGCCUAUCUGUGAGAAUGUGAAUGCUGAUAUCUGUACUGUUGAUAUGCGUUCUGAUCAUAUGUAUAAAUUUAGUGCUAGGAAUAGAGUAGUGGUAUAUGACAAGUCUGGGAACCAUCGCUUUCAGUAUGGCAGGCGAGGUGGGACUCAGAAGUUUGAUCACCUUGAGCCACGUGGUCUGGCUACCGACAGCCUAGGUCACAUCCUCAUCUCAGACGGCUUUAACCAUGUCGUGCAUCUUAUUAGCCAGGACGGGCAGUUCAUCGCCUAUAUCCUGACAAAGGAUGACGGGAUAGCAUGUCCGUGGGGGAUCGCUGUGGACCAGUCCGACAACUUGUGGUUGGUAGAACAUAAAGGAUCCCGUGUAAAAGUGUACCAGUAUCUGUCGUAAAAGUCUACCAGUAUCUGUCGUAAAGUUCAACUUAAUAUAUCAUACAUAUACUAUCGAUACAGACAUAUGUGCCAUUAUAUGCUGUUAGUAGCCUUGUGUAAUCUAUUUAAAAAUAUGCAUUCAUUUUACAUACAUUACCGUAGUAACGAAAGGUUAUCCGUGAAAUAAGUCCCACAGCCUGUGUAGAAGAUAACAUUGUAUUGAGACAGUAUCAUUCCAUGCUAUUGAGGUUAUCGUUCUUUCAAUAUUUACAUACGGUACCAUACAUUCAUGUAUUACUAAAAGAGAAUAAAGUAUGUAAAGAAG